GUUUGGCUAUGGUGAUGAUUCCCAGCAAUAUUGUUUUUAUUUCAUCUACGUACUUCAAAUUUAAUGCUUGGAGAUUUUUUAUACUUUUAACUUCUAUACCAAGUCUAAUUUCAUUUGUAUUGAUAUAUCGUUACCCGGAAACUCCACGAUUUUUAAUGUUUCGCGGUUAUUUAAUAAAAUCCAGGGAUAUUCUGGAACAAAUUUAUAUAGUUAACAACAACUUUACAUCAAUUCCGUAUCCGGUGCAAUUUUUCACUCAAACCCGUUCAGCAAUUCGGUUUGAUGCAGGAUUUAUUGGAGGCAUUCCAUUCAUGGAAAAUGUUAAAAGAAAAUUAAUUGUUCUAAAAAAUGAUCAUAUAAAAUUAUUCUCUAAAUACUUCAGAAAUAUUAUAGUAGCUUGUACUAUAGAAUUUUGUUUAAUGGCAUCGUAUAUAACUAUUCUUGUAUGGGUGCCGGAAUUGUUUUCUAGAUACUCUAAUUACAAAAAACAAAAUACAGAUGGUGUAAAUAUAUGUAUAGCUUCAGAAUGGCAUUUAGUAUAUAACUCUAUGUUUGCUGGACAAACAGUUUCAGUCAAUGCUUAUUUAGCUGCAUUAAUUGUGGCAUGUUCAUCAAUACCUCUAGUUCUACUUACUGGGAUCUUAAUUAAAUAUUGUAACAAAAAAUUAUUGUUAUUUAUUACUUGUGGAGUUCCAGUUGUGUUCGCAUUACUGGUUUCAAGAACUUAUAACGAUCUACAAGCAGAAUUAAUGUGUUGCGUUUUUGAAGGAUUUACUUCAUUAACAGAACCUAUUAUAUUUUGUUCUAUUGUUGAACUAUUUCCUAGUAAUGUGAGGGGAGUGGCAUUUUCAAUGAUUGUGAUGACUGGUCGAUUAGGUGCUAUAUUUGGAAUAAUUGUUUUUGGAAUACUGAUUGAUAUAAGUUGUUUUAUGAUGUUUUAUGCUUUAGCCUUGUUACUAUUAAUUGCAUUUAUUGCAGUGGCGUUUUUACCUAAAUUAAAAAUUGGCGGUGGCCAUUAGGUGAGCGCGUAUAAUAGCCGAAAAUAUAUC